AUGUUCAUCUCCAGCAACAAAAAAACCACAGUAUUUUUACUUCUCUUUGCUUCCCUCCUACUAACUUCUCACGUCCAUGGAAGUGGAACUCAUCUUCCAGACUCCGACAUCAUCAAAUCCUCGUGUGCCACCACAUUAUACCCCGACAUAUGCUAUUCCACCCUCUCCACAACCAAAAACCCCGCAACUAACAAGGAUGUAAUCCAACAUGCAAUCAAUAAAACAAAAGAGAUAAUCCAAGGAAACUUCAACAGCAUAAAGAAGCUCACAGCCACUGCUAAUCUCACUAAUCGCGGCAAAUUGGCUCUCCAUGAUUGCCUAGAGAUGGUAGCUGGAACUUUAGAAGAUCUCGACAGGGUGAUCAGAGAACUCGAGGAGUAUCCAACCAAGAAAUCCCUCAGACAACAUGCUGACGACCUCAAAACCCUCAUGAGCACCGCCAUCACCAACAAGGAAGCCUGCUUGGACGGCCUCUCCUAUGAUGCAGACUGCCGGAGAUUGCGCGAAUCAAUCAUUGAAGGUCAGGAUUUGGGAGGAAAGAUGUGUAGCAAUGUGCUGGGUAUGAUCACGAACAUGACAGACACAGAUAUGGCCAAUUAUAAGGCAGAUUCGAAUGCACGAAAGCUGAAGGAGAAAAAGGUUGUGAAGUGGCCGGAGUGGUUGUCUAGGAGAGAUAGGAAAUUGCUACAGUUAUUGCCGAUAGGACCGACGCCAAACGUGAUUGUGUCGAAGAAUGGUAAGGGAAAUUACACAACAGUGGCGGCAGCCGUGGCAGCAGCGCCGGCGAAGAGCAAGAACAGGUACGUGAUAAAGAUAUUGGCAGGGGUGUACAGGGAGAAUGUUGAAAUUCCAAAAAACAAAACCAACAUAAUGUUUAUCGGGGAGGACAAAAAUACAACAAUUAUUACCGGGAAUAAGAGCGUCACGGGUGGUAGCACUACUUGGCUCUCCGCAACCGUAGCGGCUAUGGGUGAAGGAUUCUUAGCUCGUGAUAUAACAUUUGAGAAUACAGCCGGAGCCUCAGGUCAUCAAGCUGUGGCACUACGUGUUGGAUCCGAUUUAUCUGCGUUUUAUAGAUGUAAUAUGAUCGCAUUCCAAGAUACCCUUUAUGUCACCUCCGGACGUCAGUUUUUCGUCAAGUGCACGAUCGUCGGAACUGUUGAUUUUAUUUUUGGUAAUGCUGCAGUUGUAUUCCAAUUAUGCGACAUCCUUGCCCGUCGUCCUAAUCCCCACCAAGGAAACAUGGUCACUGCUCAAGGCCGAACCGAUCCUCAACAAAACACUGGCAUCGUUAUCCAGGGUUGCAAAAUAGCUGCAACUACUGACCUAGAACCGGUUAAAGCCAAUUUUAAAACGUAUCUGGGAAGGCCAUGGAAGAACUAUUCAAGAACAGUGAUCAUGCAAUCGUUCAUUAGCGACGUGAUAGAUCCUGCAGGAUGGUCCCCAUGGGAAGGAGAUUUCGCACUCAAUACUUUGUAUUAUCGAGAGUACCGUAACUGGGGGCCUGGGGCUGAUACGUCAAAGAGGGUAAAGUGGAAAGGUUGGGGUGUGAUGUGGACUGCGUUUGAUGCGAUGCCUUUCUCUGUUGCAGUCUUUAUCGAUGGUUGGUAUUGGUUGCCAUUCACUGGCUUCCCUUUCUGGCUUCUCUUUUAAUAGUAAUGAUAACUAUUUCUUGAUUAACAACACCUUUGAAUUGGGUUGUGAUACUUUCCUUAGUUUUUUUUCGUAAAUCAAAUAAAACGUUUGAUAGGCUGAGGAACGUAUAAUUUGUAACACAAUUGGUAUACCAUCAAAGUGUAUAAUACAU